AUACCUGGAUAUUCUUGUGUUAAACCCUAAGGGAUUGGUUGCUUAUGGCGGCGGAGGGCGUGGUGCGCUCACUGGUGAGUGGCGUCGAUUUCGAGCUGUUCACAGCGGACGACUUCCAAAAUCUUUCCGCGGCGGGAUUCGUGGAUGCCAACGCUUAUCGCCGAGCUCAGGGUGCCGGGCAGCUCGAGAAGUCUCUCGAAUCGGCACUCCCAACUCGCAUUCAGCAAGUCAAUGCUUUGCUACUGGCCUUCGCACCUGCUGGAAGGAUGAAAAGAAAGCGGCAGGGCAGGGGCGUGAUUAUUGAACAGCGAUACAAGGCGCUGCAGGAAUUGUACGCUGGCAAGGAUUGCUCAUUCCUGUGGGAUGGAGGAGCUGUUUACUUGGGGCUGCUUCUACCAACUCUUAAUCCCCAUGGAAACAUGGACGACAAGUACAACUACAUUGGUCGUGCUGGCGCUGAGAAGCUCCAUUCUAGGAUUUUGAAGCUCCACAAUGCAAAUCGCUUGCAGGUCAUUGGGGCUAAAGGCAGUGGCAAGAGUACUGUCAUGAGCACCGAAGCCGGCUUCCUCCUCGCCAACGGCAAAAAGGUGGUGUAUAUCUCGGCAAGCCGUUACAUCUCAGAGCCGGACAAGGUUCUGCUCGAGGCCUUGCUGCUUGCAUUUGGCCAGUGCAAGACCGUGUGGGAGGAGUUGCAGCGUUUGCCCAGUGUAGAAGACCUGGUGAUGUGGUGCGAGGGGAGGACAGGUUUGCUUUUUAUCAUCGAUGACUGGGAACAGCUUGAUCCAAGGAGGAAUGAUAAGGUGGACCCACAGCUGCUUCGUCGCCUGAAAGCUGACCUGGUUCGUGCCUCUGGAGUCAGUGUUCGCAUCACAGUCUUGUCCAUAGACAGCCCCGAGCCAUAUGAAAGUGCAAAACUUGACAAGGCUGAAGACUAUAUGCUAACUGAAGAGUUUGACGGUCCCUACACGGAAGAGGAGCUGAAUACAUGGAUUGCGCAGGCAAAUCUACCAGCUUCUGCGCUGCUGGAUCUGGAUAAUCUGACGGGGGGAAUACCGCGCUUGUUACGCUUCUACAGAGAAUGUGGUGGCGACAGGCAGCAGUGGCUGAAACGUAUUAAAGCCAAGUACGAGGAUAAGCUCUGGACGGAAUUCGUUGGAAAGUUGGACUCGAAGGAAGAUCUGGUCGCUGCUAUCAACAUGGUGAUGGGUGAUGGAAAACUACCUUCCCGGCUAGCUCCGAAGAUCAAGCUUACCUGCUUCUGCAAAGACCUUAAGGGCAGAUUUCGGCUUCUGUCACCUUACUUUCGAACCCAGGCAGAGGCCCUGUUAACAGGAAAGGGAAAGGAGCUGGACCAGAAGCUGCUGCUUUCAGACAUACAGUUGUGGACAGACGCAGUAGAACUGGACUGCAGAAGUGAGCUUGCAGAAAGGAACCCCUCUCGCAUCAGCUGGCACAUUGAAGGCCUAGUGAUCAGCGUCAUUCGGAUACAGGGGAGGCUGUUUGAUGACGCUUAUUCGUUCAAGAGGUACAGGACGUAUGCCCAUGGGCACGAAGUAGCUGCUCUUCGCAAUGUAGGGUUCCAGGACUUGCGGGGGGGUGUCUUGAUGGGUCCUCAAGCAUUCAACGAGAAGGCUGUGGAUCUCGUAUACAUCAAGCUAUUCGCCAACGGAAAUUACCUGGUGGUAGCCCUUCAGAUUACAGUUGCUCAGUGGAAGGCGAAGGAGAAGAAAAGGUCUCAUACAGUGUGGAAGGAUGAGGUCCUUCCGGAAUGGAAAAAAGGACUGGGAGCUGCCACGGUCGAGUCCUUGUACUACUAUGCCAUGCCUGAUACAGUGAAGCUGGAAGGCUUGCAGGUGACGGACGUGGCAGGCUUCAAAAGUCUAAGCGAUAUAGACGAAUCGCUGAAAUGGUUCGACCAGAUUAAGCUCACAGAGCCAAAGAUCCCGUCAAAGAAGCAGGCUACUAGGUUCUGUUGGGGAAAGAAUAGAACCUGUAGGAACCCUGCCAACUGCAGGCUUCACUUUGAGGGAGAAGCGUGUGCUUGUGAGUACAGGUGCAGGUGGCAUCCAGCUUAGGAUGAUCAAGUGGUUAAACUGUUUCUUACUUAAUUCGUUUGAGUUAUUUGUGGCUUAAUAUAUUUGUGAGCGUUUUAAACAUAUGCAUUUAGGCAGGCUUCUUAACAAAAUAAUAAAUAAUAAAUGUAGUUA